AUGCUCGCAAAGCUGAACUUCAAUCUCACCAUUGUCGCCCUGCUGAUGCUACCCACCAGCCUGGCGCGUCCAACCACGAACACAGAGCGAGACCUAUCUCUCCAAGGCUAUACAGGCUCAUGUCUCAUCAUUGUUGAAGCGCCUAGUGGCUCUGGCUCGGCGUUCCGCCUGGCAUGGACUUAA